UUAAGUCCACGUGGCAUGUUGCACCCUCCGUGUCCGCAGGGGGCGCAGUUUCGCACAGGAUUGUGGGAGCAGCAGCAUCGUCCGGACUCUCACCCGUGCAGGGAGCCUGAACCGGGACGAGACAUGGGACACGGAGACCUGAUGAGCCGGGCGGAUGACGUGGCGGACCAGUUCCUGCGGGGGACCAAGCACUACCUCCCCCACGUGGCCCGGCUCUGCCUGGUCAGCACCUUCCUGGAGGACGGGUUCAGGAUGUGGUUCCAGUGGGCGGAGCAGACCGAGUACAUCGAGUCCACCUGGAGCUGCGGACGCGUCCUCGCCAACAUCUUCGUCCUGCUGAACCUGCUGGGGCAGCUGGGAUGCUGUGUGUUGAUCCUCAGUAGAAACUUUAUUCAGUAUGCCUGCUUCACUCUGUUUGGGAUCAUCAGCCUUCAGACGGUGGUCUACAGCAUCCUGUGGGACCCAAUGUUCCUCAUGAGGAACAUGGCCUUGGGGGGGGGCCUGCUCCUCCUCCUGGCCGAGGGCCAGGGGGAGGCGCGCACCGUGUUUGCAGGAGUUCCUUCUAUGGGGAACCAGAGUUCUCCGAGGAACCUCCUGCAGCUGGGAGGAAGGGUCCUCCUCAUCCUCAUGUUCAUGACGCUCUUGCACCUGGACCUGAGCCUGUUCACAAUCCUCCAGAACCUGGUGGGCUCGGCGCUCAUGGUGCUGGUGGUGGUCGGCUUCAAGACCAAGCUGGCCGCCCUGACGCUGGUCGCCUGGCUGCUCGUCAUCAACGUCACCUUCAACGCCUUCUGGAGCAUCCCGACAUACAGGCCCACCCACGACUUCCUCAAGUACGACUUCUUCCAGACCACCUCGGUCAUCGGGGGCCUGCUGCUGUUGGUGGCCCUGGGGCCCGGGGGGGUCUCCAUGGACGAGAAGAAGAAGGACUGGUGAGGAGGAGGGGGAUCUCCAUGGGCGAGAAGGAGAAGGACUGGUGAAGAGGAGGGGGAUCUCCAUGGGCGAGAAGGAGAAAAAUGGAGUGGUGACGAACUGAUGCUAAAAUAAGGAAGAACAGAUGAGAGUAACUGUAGAAGAUGCUUUUAUUUUGAAAAAAUCCCCAGUUCUUCCUGUGAAUUGUUCUGUAAACUGAAUAUGAUCAAAUAAAAAAAUUAUAUUGAAACUGUA